CAAUUUUUGAGCAGAACAACUCGAACGGGCGUCAAGUGAAGAACUCGACUAGACGAUAAAUUCGAAUCGAUUAAAAAACGAACAAGUGAUUUUACACAUUAUUUUCAUCGCAUAUACAUAAUUAUUUAAAAUUCAAAAUGGUUUACGAAAGUGGAUUUACAACCCGUAGAACCUACAGCUCAAGACCGGUCACUACAUCGUACGCCGUGACGUAUCCGUCUGCUCAGCAAGUGACUCGUGUAUACAAAACGAGCUAUCCAAUCUACUCGAGUUAUUCAAUCCCAACAAGACGCAUCGUCAGUGGAACUCGUGUGAUUUCAUCGCCUGUUCGGGUUGUCACCUCCCCCACCCGAGUUGUGUCCCGAGUGAUACACUCUCCAUCGCCAGUGCGUGUUGUGCGUACGACAACGCGCGUUAUCUCAUCUCCGGAGAGAACGACUUCCUACACCUAUUCAACACCAUCGGCAUAUUAUAGUCCAAGAACCUAUUUGCCGUCGUCCUACUACACCUCGACUUACGUCCCAACUUCGUAUACAACAUACACACCAUCGUAUCAUUACAAUCCAACAACAAUUACACGUGUGUAUGCUCGCUCGGUUUCGCCGGUGAGGAUCACCACAACUCCGGUUCGUGCAAUCCCUUCAUACCUGAAGAGACUUCCUCCUGGAUAUGGCGCAAGGGCAUUAACUAAUUACCUCAAUACCGAACCCUUUACCACAUUUUCGGAGGAGACAAGUAGAAUACGCCAUCGCGCCCAAUCCUUGAUUCGCGAUCUGCACACUCCCGUUGUGCGCCGUGCCCGCAGCUGUACACCGUUUCCAGUUAGUGGCUAUUCAUAUGGGCCUACAUCACAAUUGGCUUUAGAUGCCUAUGUUGCCCGUGUGACGAAUCCAGUACGUCAUAUUGCCAAGGAGGUUCACAAUAUUUCCCAUUACCCAAGACCAGCUGUAAAAUACGUUGAUGCCGAUUUGGAUCCCAACCGUCCGUCGAGAAAGUUUUCUGCUCCCAGACCCCUUGAAGAUGAGAUCGACCUGGAAUCCAAGGAGAAACAACGUCAGCGACAGGAACGCCUCCUGACCGUAAACGAAGAGGCCUUGGACGAAUUAGAUGUCGAGAAGAAACGAGCCCAACGCGCUGAUGAAGCCAAGCGGCGUGAGGAGAAGGCCCUCAAGGAGGAAGCAAAAAGACGAGAAGAUGCCGCUAAACAGGCCCAAGCCGAAGAGCAAGCUCGCUUAGCACGCGCUGCAGAAGAGGAAAGAUUAGCUAAAGAAGCACACCUGGCUGAACAAGCCCGUUUGGCUGAGGAGGCUAAGGCUGCUGAAGAAGCUGCGGGACGUAAAGCUGAGGAAGAACGACUAGCUGCAGAAGCACGUCUUGCCGAAGAAGCCCGUCUUGCUGAAGAGGCUCGAUUGGCUGAAGAAGCUAAAGCUGCCGAAGAGGCUGCAGCCCGUAAAUUUGAGGAAGAACGACUUGCUGCAGAAGCUCGUCUUGCCGAUGAAGCCCGUCUUGCCGAAGAGGCCCGACUAGCAGAAGAAGCUAAAGCUGCAGAAGAAGCCAGAGCUGCAGAAGAAGCUGCUGCACUUAAAGCUGAAGAAGAACGCUUGGCUGAGGAGAAUCGCCUAGAGGAAGAACAGCGUCAGCUGGAGCACGAACUGAAUCGCUUGGCGGAAAUUGAAAAGCAGGCCGAAGAAGAGCGUGAGGGUGAAAUCGCACGUCAAGCAGCUGAAUUGGCCGAAAUCGCACGCCAAGAAGCUGAUAUUGCAGCUCAGGAACUGCAGUCCAUUCAAAAAGAAGGCAGAGACGUCGAAGAGCCCAUCGUUGAUGAGCCAGAAACUCCAGUUGAAGAGCAACAGGAACCAAUCAUUGAACUUACUUCUAACAAUGGCGAUCAAUCUGUCGAGUUAGAUAACACUGCCGGAGAAAGUUACGAAGAGGAUGAGGAAGAGGAUGAAGAAUAAAUAAUGGAAUCACCUUUUGCCGAACUACUUUAAAUGAAUUCUAUAUAUUAAUAAUACAUUAAUAAUUAAUGAAUUUAAUAAUGAUUCUUAUACUAGGAAUAUGUCAAAUUUUUUAGUUUUUAACCAUCUUCAACCGAAUCAGCACAUACCUAAGUAUCUUUAUAAUCUUGUUCCUUUUGCAUCUUACCAUGGCUCUUAGUUAAAUUUAAUACUAAAA